AUUGAACACAGUCGAACAUGAAUAGAAUCAUGAUGAGAGUUUCGCCGGUGGAUAAUUUGAUUUAAAUAAUAAUCAUUUAUUUCUUUACUUAUAGACAAAUGUGUGGACUUAAAUCUUUCGCAGAACGUUUAAUGGGUCCAUUUUUCCGCGUGUUGUACAUUAAAUAAUGGAUUGGUUGAAAACAGUGACGUCUCGACUCGCAACCUUGGUUAUGGUUACAAGAAAAAGUGUAUUUUGAAAAUAUUUCCGAGUGUUUUCUUCCAGAAAACGUUUGUGAGAUAUUAUUCAAGUAAAACGAACACUUUGUUAGUAUUUUUGUUUUUGAUUAAUCGGUGCUAUGUCGGGCGGCAGGAGUAUCGACAAAGAGCGCAAGUCGCCCAGGGAAAGUGGGGAGGAUUCCGAGGAUGAAAGCGAAAUCCUGGAAGAAAGUCCUUGCGGCCGCUGGCUCAAAAGACGGGAAGAGGUGGAACAGCGUGAUGUUCCCGGCAUAGACUGCGCCCACCUGGCUAUGGACACAGAGGAGGGCGUAGAAGUAGUGUGGAAUGAGGUACAAUUCUCUGAGCGCAAAAAUUUUAAGGCGCAAGAAGACAAGAUUCAAGCCGUCUUUGACAACCUCACCCGGCUAGAACAUCCCAACAUCGUCAAGUUCCACCGCUACUGGACAGACACACACAAUGAUAAACCGAGGGUCAUAUUCAUAACGGAGUAUAUGUCUUGUGGGUCACUGAAGCAGUUUCUCAAACGUACUAAACGAAAUGUGAAAAGACUACCACUGCAGGCCUGGAAACGAUGGUGCACACAAAUUCUUUCCGCACUCAGUUACCUGCAUGGAUGCGAGCCUCCGAUAGUGCACGGAAACCUGACUUGUGAUACAAUCUUCAUCCAGCACAAUGGGUUGGUGAAGAUUGGAUCAGUGGCGCCUGAUGCCAUACACCACCACGUUAAGACAUGCCGCGAUAACAUGCGUAAUAUGCACCUCGUCGCACCCGAGUAUGGAUCAUCUCAAAUGGUUACACCGGCUAUGGAUAUCUAUUCUUUUGGUAUGUGUGCGCUGGAGACAGCGGCUUUGGAGAUCCAAGGCAACGGGGACUCUGGCAGCCACGUCACAGAAGAACAUGUCGCUCGAACUGUUGAAUCAUUAGAAGAGACGCGUCAGAAAGACUUCAUUUACAGAUGUAUCCAGAAGGAUCCGGCAAUGCGACCUACGGCCCGUGAGCUGCUGUUUCACCCGCUGUUGUUCGAGGUGCACUCGCUUAAGCUUCUGGCAGCGCAUACAUUGGUCAAUACAAGUGCUAACAUAUCAGAAACGAUAACGGACGAGGUUUGUGGCAGCGGUGGAGCCCUGGCCUGGUGUGUGAGAGACGGAGAGCGAAGAGAGUUGGACGCUCGGGAUUUACCACCACAUGCCGAGAAACUUGAGAAGUUCGUUGAGGAUGUCAAGUACGGCAUUUAUCCGUUAACUGCUUAUGGGUGGUGGUCCGGUGGGCGUCGGGCCGCUGGUGGAGGAAGGUCGCGAACCGCGACUGAGAGCGCUCCGGCCCCGCCAGAGCCACGCGCUCGAGACCGUGAGACACGACGAGUAGUCAACAUGAUGUGCUCUCUUAAGCCGCAGCCGCACCAUCCCGACGCUGAUGUUGCUGACUUGCUGAUGACCAUUCUAUUGCGUAUGGACGACAAGAUGAACCGCCAGCUCACGUGCGCUGUUUCACGCCGUGACUCUGCGCACGCGCUCGCCCACGAUCUUGUGCAACUCGGAUUCAUACAUGAGGCUGACCGCGACAAAAUCUGCCGGCUGAUGGAGGAGUCCUUCCGCAGCAGCUUCGGUACGGCUCCCCCGCCCCCCGGAGCCGCACCUCCUCCGCCUCCAGCCGCUCUGCCCCACCGCGCCCCUCAGCACGUCGCCAGCUAGUGUCCCCUUGCCGCGCGCCUGCUCUGCUGUCCCCUCCUACUGCUACUUUAAUCCCCUUUCCACGACUGGAACGUAAGUUCUUCAGUCCUACCGUAGUUGUUCUUUGAACAGCUGAACUUCUAUAGUUUUUUGAAGCUAGAAGACGCGCCUAAUAGACUAACUGAUUUUGUUUUCACAAUUAAUUAUAACAGUACUUGCUACGACUGUUAAUUUUAGUAUAGGAAAAUAUUCUGUCCCAUAGAAGAAUUCUUUGUACAUAGGACACGUGCGUUGAUUGUCAAAUAGAAAGUAUUGUAGGCAAAAUGGCGCGUCUUUACCACAAUUCACGUUUGAAUUAGUUUAAAAUAACAGUUACAAUACGAAACUAAAUUCAAACUUGAAUUUCUGGAUUCUUUAUUAAUCGCCGACUGCUUUGUAUGUUUGGGACCCAGUAUACAGGCGCGCACUGAGCGCUAUGGAGUGUUAUAUGUUAGGCAAUAGGGCAACGACCUUUUAAUAUGCGUUUAGACUGAAAUUUAUAAACCGUAAACCAAAUAUGGGGGAUUUUAACAACAAAACUACAUGCAAGAGAGAAUUUUUACUGUAUCCAUAUCAUCCAAUUUGUAAAAUAAAAUUAAACUAUAGUGUGAACCGUAUUCUAAAACGUCACUCCAACUUACAUCCACUUUCAAGACCUGUCAUUUUUUCUAUUUGAAGUUUGACAGUUCGUAGUCUGACGUGAGACUGUUGGAACUUGAGCGAGUGAUAAUGCAAUACUUUUGACGUUUUAUAAUUUUCAGUCUUAGUCCGUUGUCAAAUAUCUGAUCAAUUAGCACAGUCACAAUGUUUACUGCAUUUUAGAGAUGUUAUUGUGCGGUAAUGGCACGUCUGCUAGUCGAAUGAAUCUAGGCCCGAGUGAUUUGAUACGCUUUUACGUCUUUUAUAAGUCAUUAAACCACAAUGUGAUAAGGAAAAUGGCUAAGUACUCGACAAGAGUUUAAGUCCAUCUUUCGUUCUUCAAGUUUGAUUAAAUAUAUUUUUUAUAAUUUUAAUAACUUUAAACACUCAUAUAUAGGGGUCGCCAUAGCAACGCGAUUUUAUUCAAUAGUGUUACUUGAAAUUAACUAUAAACACUUAAAGCGUCUAGAUUUUAGACUCCACAUACACAUAAAUUUACGAACAAAUUUGAAUACGAUUUCAUUAGUUUUGUUUUGAGUGUUUUAUCUGAUUUUUAGAUAAUGCUUUUUCAAUUACAUUUCUAUGAAUACAAUAUACAGUAUUCAAAAAUUUCAUACAAAGAUUGGUACUUUACCAUUUUGCUUAUCAAACUAAAGUGGUAACUACGAUGACGAUACUCUGUUAUUAGGUGCACGUUAUACAUAAAACGAUUAAUAUAGAGAUUACAAUGUCGUGUCAGCAGCGUGUGUACUAAUUCUGAUGUUAGUCUUUAAUACAGUAGCGUGGGAAACGAACUUUGUAUUUUGAGCCGUUUGAACCAACGAAUUAUCAAGAUACAUCACAAUUAGCACCACUAUGCGAUAAAUUUUAAGGACAUAACUCCUCAUUUAUAAAAUUGAAUCAGUCUUAUUGUUUUCACUGAACUUACUUUCUAGCCGAUCUAAGAAUCGUCGCUGUCAUUGUAUUUAUGCUGAAAAGAGAUGGAUAUACUUCAGUCGAGACACUUUAGGACUGAUUCAAUUUUUUUAUAAGGGUUAGUAUUUAGAUCUGUAUGAAUGUGUAUAAAUGAGAUAUUUAAACUAUUUAAACGAUAGUCGUAGUUUAGGAAGGCUUCCUCUAGAGCUUUUCGUAAGUAAAUUGUAAGUAUACGGAGAUUGACGUACUCACUCGAAAGUAUCAUAAUUUUUUAGUUUUAUAUCUAUCAAUGCGUGGAUUGUAAUAAAUUUACAAAUUAACAUUUGAAUCCGGCUCAGUUUACCGCUUAAUCAUUUUUUCGACAAUUAUCGGUUUCUAUCAGGAGUUUAAAAAAUAGGUGCUUUUCUCGAAACGCUUUUCUUGUUUCUCUUCCGAGCUCGGUGCCAAAGCAGGUGCCAAUUUAGGCUUACAGACUUUCCUAAUUUCUCAAUCAAAUCAAUAUCUCCAAUAAAAUAUUAUCCUUUGUUUUUCCUUAUAACGUAUCACCGGUCAACAGAAAGGCUUCGAUAUAGCGGAGUGAGGCGACGUGUGCGUGAUGUCUAGUUGUAGUGUAAACGAAAGACUGGCUAAUGUUACGUAAGGUUUGGGGGCGCGCCUUGCUUGCCUCGGGUCGCAAUCAUUCAAAACAAAUCCUAGCACACAUUAGAAUCUGGCCUAAUAGCGUCAAUAGGACUUACAUUCGAAAUACCGAUGGCAAGUAAGGCGACGCCUAAAGGCAAGUAUAUAGCUAGUGAAGUGGCGAGCCCUAUGUAAAUAAUCGCUUUUAGUCUAGAGUAUAUAUAAAUGAAUAUACGUACCUAUUUCGAUAGCCGAUCGUUCAAUUUCUAUGUAAUCUUGCUUUAUCAUUAAAGUUUUAUUAGUCAUCUGUUUAUGCUACCGUAAAAUAGGUUUAGGCUCAUCACUAACACUGUUCCGUCUCGGAUUUUAAUAUUGACGUAGAAAAUCAUAUGAUUAUACCUCAUAGUCUACCUUGGGCAAUGUAUUGCGUUAUCUGUGUGAAUAUUUUGCGUGGACGCGUUUCGAUACUUGCCGAAAUCUUGGUAGUUCUACAGAGUACACACCGGUUCAUAAGUCUAGACUUCUAAGUGUUUAGAUUCUUUAACGCUUCGUAGGUAUACGCCGUGGUGCAUUUGUUAUUCGUUUUGUAUUGUUGCAUGUCGGCCGCGCCGGUCCAAUAUAGGCAGCAACGCAGUACAAUGGUACAAAUACUGACUUACAUGGCAUUAUUAGGUGUCCUUUAUGACAUGUAACAACUGCUGAAUUUUAUAGAGCUUAAUUGUAUAACAGAAUUGGUACCAUUGUAUUCAAGUCCGGACAGUCUAGCUCAUAAGUCUCCUUAUAUCUAAAACUGAAUGGUUCCUUUAUCACAACUGUUUAUAACUUUUUAUGAUGUUAUAUGUGCGAGUGCUGUAUGUGUACCGCGUUGUUGGAUGUUAUUAUUUCAUGGACACAAGAUUCGCCAUUACCCAAAGAGAAAUGUGUUCAUGUAUGAAAUUUUUUUCCUUUUUUUUUAUAUAACUUUUAUUUGUAAUAUAACUAUUUAUUGGACCCAGAUUUGCAUUUGCACUAUUUUAAUUAAGCUCUCGUUGAAUAUAGGACCCGCAAUUGUAUUAUUAUUAUGCUCAAAGUGACGUCUAACCGGCAACGAUCGACAGAUCGAGUGAUGUUUGCAUACUAUUAAAAUAAAAUGUCAAUAAAAUUGUAUUUUAAAAGC